CCUCAAAGAGAAAAUCUACUUAGAGUCUAAAUUCGUAAUCUCUCUAGUCUCUGCAUCUUUGUUCAAAACCACAUUAACCUCUCUUUUCUCUCUUCAUAAGUACUCCCUUGAUGAAAAUGUGCAAGAUUAAACUUACAAACCUUACAUUUCACCUUUUUAUAGCCGUACUCUUCUGGUUUUCGUGCUUUGGAACCUGCAGUACUAGGGAUGGCAAGCACUGGAGACAAAACAAAGCUGCUUCCCUCUCUGUGUUUGAGCAAAGGGAAAAAGGCCAGGGCGGUAGGAGCAGUCACCCGCGCCGUCAAAUGGCAGCAAAACAAGUGAUGAACUCCGCCACCUUUAAUGUUUUAGACUAUGGUGCUAAAGGUGAUGGGCAUACAGAUGACACAAAGACUGAAGUAAGUUCUAUUGCAAACCAGGCAUUCCAAGCAGCUUGGGCCGCAGCUUGUAAAGUAGAGGCAUCAACAUUGAUGGUUCCAUCUGGCUCCGUAUUUCUUGUUGGACCCAUAUCUUUCUCAGGCCCUACAUGCCAAGCAAACAUCAUAUUUCAAAUAGAUGGUAAAAUCAUUGCUCCUACAAGUUCUGGUGCUUGGAAAUUAGGUCUCAUGCAAUGGAUUGAAUUUACAAAACUAAAGGGCAUUACCAUCAGAGGCAAAGGAAUUAUUGACGGUCAGGGCUCAGUCUGGUGGAAUGAGUCUCCCACAAAUGAUCCAACGGCUGAGGAAUCAACCAGCAGCUACAAUGAUUCAGUAACCGCGAAGGCUUCUUUUUCCAAAUUCCAAAUUUAACCAUUGAAUUCCCCUUUCCACCAAGACUAACCAUGCUUUUCCAU